AUGCUCCAAGGACUGCUCAAGAAGGCGGAAAAGUCGGCAAAGCAUGCUGCUACGCAGCACGACAACGGUAAAGGCGGGAAGGGCGGCAAGUCGAACGGUGCGUCGAAUGGGAAGGGCGGAAAGUCGCACAGCGUCGCUGCCGCCGCGCCCUCCUCCAAGUUGCCCAACAUGGGGCCUGCGAAUCCGACGGCGUACCAGACGCCGCAGGGUCUGGCUGUACCGGGCCUUUCACUGCCUAAGUAUGCGCCCGCAGGCCGCAGCACGAACCACUCGGUGGCUGAGCCCAGCUGCACCAUUGUGAACGUGGCUGGCUUGCCCGUGCAUGUGUAUGGCUUGGAGCAGCUGACUCCUCCGCACCAAGGCGCUGUGCCCGAGGUGUGCAUUACAUUCCAUAUGCACGGCCGUACAGGUUCGGCAAAGAACGAGGACUCGCUCGUGCGUGAGCUGUACCGCAACACGAUGGCCGAGCGCGCGUCGCUGGAGGGCUCGCCGCGUGUACGCGACUUUUUGCUGGUGACGUUCGACCAGCGCAACCAUGGUGAGCGCAAGACUUACCCAUUAGGGCAGAAGACCUGGAAGGAGGGUAAUCCGACACAUGGGUAUGUUCACCUGACUCACAUCAGUAUCGACAUGUACGGCAUGAUCCACGGCACAUCGACGGACGUGUCGUUCCUGAUUAAGAUGCUGCCCGCGUACCUGUUCCCGAGAGACGAGCGCAUCGUGUCACUCUUUGCUGUAACGGGCAAGUCGCUCGGUGGACACGCGACGUGGCAGGUGCUUGCGCACGAGCCCAUGGUCCGCGUAGGUGUGUCCUUUAUCGGCACGCCCGACUACCAGAAGCUCUUGGCGCAGCGUACCAAGGCGUCAGACCUGCCCAAUGCGCCACCGCAGGUGCCGCAGUCGCUGCGUGCGGUGAUACAGAAAAUUGACCCCGCACAGACACCGUACCAGCGCCCGGACGCUUCUAACCCCUUCUUUGGCAAGAAGAUCUGCUCGUGCUCUGGUGAGGACGACCACCUCGUGCGUUGGAGCUUCUCGGAGGAGUUCCUCAAGUCGGUUGUCGUCGCGCCACCGGGCUCAGAAGAGGCCAACCGCAGCCUCGAGAUCUUCCUUCAGCCGAACACGGGCCACAAGGUCACAACAGAGAGUACCGUCAGCCGUGAGGAGAUCAAUAUCAGUGGGUUCCCUGUCAAUGUCUACGGUCUGAAGGAGCUGGCGCCGCCCGUGAACGGCACGGUCCCGGAGGUGGCGACUGUCGUCUACAUGCAUGGGCGGGGCAAGUCGGCCAUGGACGAGGACGCGAUUAUACGCAUAUUGUAUGGCAACGUCCGUCAGCACAUGAUGGCAAACCCCGCUGGGUCUGCCAAAGACCUCCUGAUAGUGUCGUUCGACGCGCUUAACCAUGGCAGCCGGAUGACCGAUCCUAACCAGCGUCUUGGCCUGCAGCAGAACCCCCGCUUCCUUGUGGACUUGUAUGCAGUGAUGCUCAACAAUCGAGACAUGGUGUCAUACAUUAUUGACUACCUGCCAGCUUUCAUCUUCCCAUAUGACGAACGCCUUAUUACCAGCUGGAUUGCCUGUGGCCGCAGCAUGGGCGGUCAUUCCGUCUGGCAUGCGCUUGCUAGUACGUAUUCUACAUGA